AUGGGAACGGGCAAAGACACAAGCACAGUCACAGCCACGAACACAAGCAAGAACAUACUUAUGAACACGAAGACAAGCAUGGUAACGGGCACGAACACGGUUAUAGGAACGGGCACGAUCACAAACAAAAACAGGGGGACGGACACGGACACAAAUUCGGACGCGGCAAGGUUACAAGCACGGACACGAACACCAUUACAAACACAGACACGGACACGAGCACAAUCACGGGCACAAGUACAAACACGAACACAGUUUCGAAGAGUACCAAUGAUCUUUGAGAAGGGGUGUCAUGCAAUGAUCGUUGCAAACGGGACACCAAUGAACGCUAAAAGAGGGCUGCCAAUAACCGUAUUGAAAGAGAUGCGAAUAAAAGCUGAAAAGGAAGUGCCAACAGACGCUAAGGAAGAAAUACCAAUAGAUGCUAACAAAGAGGUGCCAACAGACGUUAAGGAAGGAAUACCAAUAGAUGCUGACAAACGGGUGCCAACAACUACAAAGGAAGAGUUACCAAUAGAUGCUAAGAACAAGCGUUAA